UUUCUCUCUUUUCUCUCUUUUCUUGCUGUUCUAGCUCACCAAGACUGUCUACAUGACACGUUGGUAGCAACAAACAGCAAGAUCACUCGACCUCCCGUGGUGAGCCCUAGGACACCGUAUUACACGAGUUCCUGAUCUCACCCAACAAUUCCUACAAUCCGAUCACCUCUACAGAACACGGCAUUGAGCCUGUGACGUCGAGAAACCAUCCUCCUCACACCUACACACCUUUGACCGCCACCUCAAAGGAACCUCCACCGGCCCUCGUGGGAUAAGCUUCUGCGAGAUCAGCCGUCAGGUGCGAAGACGUGACCUGACUCGAAAAUUCAACCACACCAAUUUUUUUUAAACCAGAACACAGUUUUCAUGGCUACUUUAGCUACUCAUUGAAGACACUGCGACAUCAACUCCUUUUUUCUCCUCCUCAACAAUGAUGGACCAUCUGGUAGCAACAAGGAUGAGCUUCACUCCGCUGAGCCCUCAACCCGCAUUGUACGAGUUCCUUUUUCUUUUGACUACGAUCCACAAACACCACCACAGAUCUCCAUCAUCCAGACAUUAAGUCAGGAGAUAGAUCGAAGUCGCUUCCGCUGCUCCCCCUCCCUUCUCUUUCCUAGGCCCUAGUCUCACCUACUAGAGUCGAUCUGACCCCUCGGAAGGACUGUUUUCCCCGAGAAGGGUCGCCGAGACCGACAAAUCGAGCCGGCAAGUUAAAAUUACACUUCUUCACACCUGUCGUAUGCCUCAUGUGUCUACUUGGAAUCCGCUUUAAGCACACUGUAACCGACCGCAACUCUAUCAACUAUCCUGCAUCGAUUUGACAACAUACACAUCGAUUUGCAAGUUUGCUCGUAUCCGAUAAACGAGAUCCGGUGGACAACCCUUUGAGGCCCAUUCGAGGCGGGACUGGAGCCCUGCUAAUCAAACCAACAAUUAACGACUUUUCUUCAUCAACAUCAUUUCCAGAUCAGCUGUGAACGCAAGUCUGGCAGAAAACUCUUCCCAGCUGCACGCGCAGAGCUGGGCAGAAAAAACUUUUCACCACUUCUCCUUUGGUGAUAUAUCCUUUCUUCUCCAUCAAUCUUUCUUUCUUUCUUUUCCACCACCUCGCCCUUUUUCCUUUGUUGGCACCGUUCAUCCCGCCAACCCUCAUUUCAAAACCGCGAUCGGCGUGCUGACGCCCUCCCUACCUCCCACGGUCUGACCACCUUAUCCCGUCUGAGAUCGUCGACAUACUGUCAUGGACGACGAUACUCCAAUCCCAAUCAUCGCGGCAGACACCGAAGCUCGUAAGGGCAUCGAGGUCUUCGCUCCAGAGAAAAAGAACAGACUUCAGGGUGAUGUGACAAACAGAGGUUACCUCAAAGCUUCGGCAACGAAUCCUAAGCCCCGUGUUGCCAAGGGUGGAAAAGUCAAGAUCUUCGGAAAUGACAACGAGAAAACCAAGGAGGAAGUCGUCGAUGAAGCAACGAACGCACUACAAGAGCGAGCAGAAGUGGAAGACAGUGAUCUGAAACCGACCGAAGUGUUGAAUCAUGCGGAUGUCAAGCGCAUCUACUUCACUGAUGGGUAUACGGUGACUCCGAGGCCCGCGGAUCUGUCUUAUCGUUGUGCCAUCAAGGACAAGAACGACGAAUCUCUCUACAAUGGGGGAUAUUGCAAGAUCUUGUUCUCAGUCACGAAUCACAUCAGCUCGAUUGACAUUCUACUCGGACCGCGAGAUGACCAACAACAAGAUCACACUAAGUUCCGUUCAAUUCUUCGCUUUCCGGUCAACGCAGUCGUGCGCAUGCCAAUCAGUGCUUGCCAUGACCAAACUGAACAUCGCACGCAUCCAAGAGACAGAUGCUACGAUAUUGUUCUCACAUACAAUUUGGACAAUGUCGCAUCCGAGCGAGUCUUCGUCCCUUCACCGCCGGAGCCGGUGGCUGCACUUGCGUAUUACAUGCGGAAAGAGGACACAGUCAAGCUACACAUCUGUGGAUCUGAAUUCGCAAUGGCAAAUGUCGGAGCAUUGGCAGAACGCUUCCAAGAGGAAGCUCAAAAGAACCCACUUGCCGAAUGGAUCUCUAACGGUUCGUCCAUGUUUCUGAAUGAGCGCGUCCAAUUCCAACCCAAGGAAAAACGGCCCGUCAUUAAUGACUACCAAGCCAAGUUUUCGUUUUUCACAUAUGAUGAAUACGUCAUCGUCAAUGCAAUCGGUCCCUUGGAGGAACAAGAGCAAGCAGCUAAGCGCGCCACUGACUGCGAGUCAUACAGCUUCGACGCGUACUUUGCUGAAAUCAUUGGAGGAGCUGAUCGGGUUUACCUCGUUCUCCUAACCAUGCCAAUCCACGAGAGCAUCCGCUUGAACGCCGGAGACAAAGUCAAAGUUUUCUUGAAGAAAAAUAAAAACAAAGGAAAAGCAAAACCUGGUGACGACGACGACGAUGCAUUCAACCUUUUUACUGCGAUUGUCUCAGAACCCAUCCCCGGCCUCCCAGGAUGUUUCCUCCCACUGACAGUCUCUCGUCACUGGAACAAGGAAGCCAAGAAAUUCGAAGGUCUUGAUGGUCUUAAGGUCAUCAAGAUCGAGAACCAGGACAGUCUCAUUGGUAACCUUUCAAAGAUGAGAGAUGUCGGCGCCACUGAGGUUGGUAUUCGCAUCCCACUUGAUGACAACCAGCAUAAACAUCGUGUUAGGGGCCUGAUGGAACUCGUCAAGCACAAUCGCAAGGCCGGUGUGAAUGCCGACGGUCUGAAGCAUCUUUUAGUGGGCAACGACACCGCACAGAUCGCCUAUCACGACAUUUACGCCGGUAUUCUGGAUAUCAUUCCCUACCCAGACCAAGUUAUGCGUGAUCUCAAUGAGCAACAGAAGGCAGCAGCCGCCAUUGCACGCGCAGCUCCGGCUGGUAUGGUCAAUGUACAUGGACCCCCCGGAACCGGAAAAACUCAUCUGUGUGGAGAGAUGGGACGCCCCAUUAUCAAAGCAAACAAGAUGAACUUCAAGAUUUUGGCUACAUCUGCAUCCAACGCCUCCACUGAUGCACUUGCAGUGCGAUUCCAGGGAAUCAUUGAGAAAGAGGGCAUUCUAGGACAAUACAGCGUUCGAGUGCACUCCACCGCCGCCGAAGAUAAUAUCGCUCGACAGAAAGCUCGCCUGGCUCGAGGUGCCCUAGAAGAUGCGAAGCCAAAACUUGUACAAGACCUUAAGGACGACGUGAUGGAGACUCUUGCAUCAUGUAAGUUCGCUAUGGCAAUUCGAAAGACAUACAAGCAUCAGCAUACCUACUUUGCAGACUUGGUACCGGACCAUCGGGUCACGGAAAAGUCAAUGGGCCUCUCACUAGGUACUCGUAUCAUGCAGCUUAUUGGAGAAAUUCCUGUGCGUAAGGUCGGCGACCCGAAGCCUGAGCUAGACAAGUUUGCGGAGCUGAAGGAGCUGUACCUUCAGUUGAUGAACAAGGAAGAACUGGAUGAAUCUGAGAUGGAAAAGUUCAAACAAUACCUCAAGGAAGCCAGAGAGCAUGUCUUGCAAAACGCUAUCGUCAUCACUACUACACCAUCCUUGAGCGUCACCCCAAACGUGUACGCCCCAAUCCGUAAUGAUGUCAAGAUGUUCAUCAUUGACGAAGCUUCGCGAAUUCUGGAGGCAGAUGCUAUUGCGAUGAUGGGCAUUUACUACGAGGCAGCAGGACGCGUGUUGAUCGGCGACCCGUAUCAGUUACAGCCACCGGUGAUGCACGAUCACACUUUCAGUAACCAGAUGAAGCUGUCUAUGCAAGCACGACUUAUCGGUAACGGAACACCAUCAGCUUUUCUAGAUGAGCAAUAUCGGAUGUCCCCUUUAAUAUCACUGCCACUGAACAAGGCAGGAUACCAAAAAAGACUCAGGGACCAUUAUUCGGUGGACGUACCUCGUCAGCCUAUACUCGAGAAAAUUGAACAAUUCAACAAGAAGGACUUCAACGUUGCGAAGUAUUGCAUGGCUUUCGAUAUCUGGGGUACCGAAACUAUGACCGCUCCACGUACUCGUUCUCGUUACAAUGUCGUAUCUCAGUGUUUCAGCAUGAACCUCGCCGCUCGGUACAUCAAAGAGUUUCCUACCUUCACUGUGGCCAUUAUCUGUUUCUACAAGGCACAGAACACCCUCUAUCUCGCUAUCAAGGAUGCAAUGGCAGCUGCAGAUGACUGUUUCAGUCGUCUACAUGUUGUGAAAGCUGACUCCGUGCAAGGUUUAGAGUUCGAUGUCUGUAUCAUUGACGCCAUUAUCGGCAAGACCGCGGGAUUCCUCGAUGACAUGCAUCGUUUGGUGGUGGCAAUCAGUCGGGCAAAGUACAGUUCCAGCCUAGUGUUCGACAGGAACGCCGUCUACUUUUCCAGGUCCAAUAACCUCAAGCGAGUCUGCACUGCGUAUUUGGAACUUGGAGCGCUCGUCAAAGUCAAGGAUGAUGGUACCGCGCUGGCAGAGAUGCGGGAAUCGAAAUUCUUCCACAGCAACAUGACAAACUUCGAAGGAGAGGGCCUGGUUGAAGCAGUAUCAUAUCAAGGUGACCAAGGUGAUCAAGGUGAACAAGAUCAUGAUGGUGAUCAAGGUGAACAAGGACAACAACAGAAAGUCAAAAAGAAGUAUGAGCCAGAUUGGAAAGACCAUACGACAUGGUGAGAAACGAGACUGGGACAGCCUCAUGUCUUUUCUCUUCUCUGCAAGCAACUCAACCAACACCAAUUCCUGUGAUUAGACAGACAACUCAGCUAUUGUAGCUAGACAAAUCCUAGUCAUUGCGACUAACCCUCC